AAGUCCUUGAGGUAAGGCGGUUGGGCGGAGAGCGUGCGCCCAGUAAACUCCAAACUACACAUUGAGUCACGCGUAUACCAAGACGGCUCGCCGCAUUCGUAAUACGAUAGAAAUUGUACACGUUAAUGUGAUCUGUGCCGUUUGUGAUAACAAGCCAAAGUGUGAUAAGAGUAUUGUGAUUGUUCGUUAAUAGUGAGAGCCGAACGUGAGUACUUUUUGAACUGAUAUUAGAGUUGUUCAAUUGCACAAAUUCAAACUGGACUAAACGCGCCGAGAGAGUCAGAACCAACUAUGGAGCAAUAUCUGGCCCUGGUGACUUUGUCGUUGAUUACAACAGGUGUAACUUCGUUGCAGUGCUAUCAGUGUUUAAUAAAUCCACCUCCUGGAGAAUAUUACAACACAACGAAAAGAUUGUGUAUACACUUUGAUUAUUCGGAUAAUUUCAUUGUGGACUGUCCAUUCUCCACUAUGUGUAUGAAGCAGGAUUUCUACCUUGACAUACAGAAUGGAGUAAGGAUAAACGGCGUCCUUCGUGACUGCGCUCAGCAAAAACACGAGUACCAGGAUUACAAGAAUGGCAAAUGGUCUCCAAAAACAGAGGUCGUUGAGGCCUAUGAAGAAGGUUGUUCAAGUCCGGACUAUAAAGGCGAAAGAGCAGUGGUCACAAAGUACUGUUACUGCCGCAGCAACCUAUGCAAUACAUCAAACACGAACCACGAGGGCUACACCGACAUAAUGGGUGUUAUCGUCGUUUUUAAUCUCAUGAAAUAUAUCAACAGUCUGAGGUAGUCAAAAAUGAAUUUAGAAUAAUAUUACUAAUACUCUUGUGAGUGAUAAGUGCCAAUUGUGGGAAUAAAGAGUGAGCAAUCUCAAGAAGAAACAUCAUUCCAAGAAUAGACUGACAUGUACGUUUGGUAAAUGUGAUUGAUGAUUAAGCCGAUGUGUGAAAAUGUUAAGACAUCAAUCAAUAAAUAUAACGAGUUAAAAACAUCGUGUGAUUCGUUCUCAAAAGAUUCCAUGAUUAAAUAUUUCUAAUCCAAUCGAAAAGAAUAUAUUGAAAUAUGUUGUAUUAUAAAUAAACUGUAUAAAAGAAAUGUGGUUU